AUGAAGGAUGAAGAGAGGAAGAAGAAAGAAAGGAGAGAUGAGAGGAAGGAGGACAGGAAAGAGUGUGAGGGAGACAUACACAGAGAGAUAUUGCUGAUGAUCAAGUCCUCAAGAAUUAACAGGCUAGUGAUGGCACGGUGGGAGGAGAUCAGUGGGGUGGAUGAGCACUACACUCCCAUCAGGACUUUCCAGGUCUGCAACGUGAUGGAGUACAGCCAGAACAACUGGCUUCGCACCAACUGGAUCCCUCGCCAGUCGGCCCAGAAGAUCUACGUGGAACUGAAAUUCACACUGAGGGACUGCAACUCCAUCCCGCUGGUCCUCGGCACCUGCAAGGAGACCUUCAACCUCCUCUACCUGGAGGCAGACGACGACCAGGGAAGCCACUUCAGAGAGCAUCAGUUCGUCAAGAUCGACACCAUCGCGGCCGACGAGAGCUUCACCCAGACGGACCUCGGAGAUCGCAUUCUCAAGCUCAACACCGAGGUGCGCGAGGUGGGCCCUCUGAGCAAAAAGGGCUUCUAUCUGGCGUUCCAGGACGUAGGGGCCUGUGUGGCUUUGGUAUCGGUGAGGGUUUACUUUAAAAAGUGCCCGUACACUGUGCGGAAUCUGGCAUCCUUCCCCGAUACGGUGCCGUUGGACUCCCAGUCACUGGUGGAAGUCAAAGGCUCGUGUGUCAACCACUCCAAAGAAGAGGAACCUCCACGAAUGUACUGUAGCACCGAGGGGGAAUGGCUUGUGCCGAUUGGGAAGUGUCUCUGUAACCCAGGAUACGAAGAGAGAAGCAGCACCUGUCAGAAUAGCAUUAUUAUUAAGAGCACACCUUACGUGUAUGCUCUACAGCUGCUGAGGGCGAUGGUCAGGAAGGAGGAGCCAGAGGGAAGAAUGAACUUAGUCCAGGUUGGCUCUCGAACCGGCAGCGGUUCGGCGGCUCCGGCUCUGAGUUCGUUUGAUGCAGGGUGGCUGAGGAAGGGGAAAGGAUCCCAGAGGCACAGGGGUUCUGCAGGAGUGACAGGGGCACGAUCGGCAGGCGGGGAAGUCCUGGUGACAAAGGAGCAGUCGCUGCUGCGCGCUGUGAUCGGCGUGGUUCCCGGCUUGACCCAGACAACUGAUCGAGAUCUGCGAGAUGACAAAAACAGGAUUAGCUUGAAGGCUCAUAGAAAUGACAGGAACUUGAAGUUGACUCUGACCAACAAGCCAGGCUUCUACAAAUCGACCCUCGGCAACAUGGAGUGCUCAAAGUGUCCACCCCACAGUUUCUCUCACUAUGAGGGGUCACUGAAUUGCGGCUGUGAGAAAAACUAUUUCCGCGCCGAGGGAGACCCCGCCUCAAUGGCCUGUACCCGACCUCCCUCAGCACCUCGGAACGUGAUCUCUUCCAUCAACGAGACCUCAGUCAUCCUGGAAUGGAGCUGGCCGGAGGACAGCGGAGGACGCAGAGAUGUCACCUUUACCGUCCUGUGCAAGCGCUGCCGGGGCGUGGCGGGGAACGGCAGCAGCGGCGGGAGCCAGCGCUGCGAGCCCUGCAGAAGCAACGUGCGCUUUCUGCCAAGAGCCACGGGACUCCACAACACCACGGUGACCGUGGCGGAUUUGCUAGCCCACACAAACUACACCUUCGAGAUCGAGGCGCAGAAUGGCGUGUCGGCACUGGCGCCCAAGAUGAGACAGUACGCCGCCGUCACCAUCACUACCAACCAAGCAGACACACUCACAGUCAUCUCGCUCUUCAACAAAUAUCUCAGCCUGCAGCUGCACACCCUCCAUCAGCCCUCAGAGUUUACAGGGAUUAGUGUCGACAAUGACUCCCAGCAGUGCGCCGGCAUCAUAUGGAAUACUUAG